AUGGAUUCCAAGUCGCCAGAAGAAAAAGCCAGCGCGAAUUCCACCCAAACGGAUGAUGUCACGAAGACAGAUUCGCUAUCCACUUUGUUUGACUCUGGUGCUCCAGUUCAGGCCAAUACGGAGGAGAUUUUCGUGGAAAUUGGUUAUGAACGGGCUGAAAAGGCAAAAGCAACGGUCGGAACUUCAAGCCCGAAUGACCAAGCGUCUGAAGAAAGUCUCUUCCAGAAGGAUCUCAAGCAAGUCAUGGAAACGACGGAAAAAGAAGAGCAAGUUGGAGUUCAAGACAAGAUAGAAGAUGUUGAAUUGCUAAACCCCGUCGGUAGAGACGUAGAUAAGGUAAUUUCCAAAGAAACCGAAUCUCUGGAACCAACUGCCAAUGAUGAAAUCACAUCAAAAUGCGACUCCGGAAGUCCAAAAGGCGAUUCACGGGAAGUUGUUGUGCCACGUUCGGAAGGUUCGAUCUCGCCAGCAUCUCCAUCACUGGUUCACGAAGAUCAUACCAAAGAGCUUCUUGAUGAAACCAAGGAGAGAAUGGAAGAUCAAGACGUCGUUGGAGAAGUCGUUGAUGAGGAACAGAAAGUCUUGAAUGAGGCCGCCCGAUUGAACCCAAUCGGCCAUUUCGUGGUGUCUGAGAAGAUUCCGGAUUCAGUAGAUAAACUCAUUGAGAAAAUCAAAAAAGACAGAGCAUCACGUGGCAACAAAACUGAAGAUAUUGGAACAGAGAAAUCUGCUGGGAAGGACCUUGUGUUCGAAAAUCAGUUCAGCUCGACAGAUGGACUAUCUUUGCAAUCUGGAGAGAAUCUUGCCGAGAAGAACCUUGAAGAAGUCAUGGAGUCGGCCGAGACACAAGAUCAAGUGGCCGUUUACGUUCCGGACAAGACUGAGGAUAUUGAGAUGAAAAAAUCUGUUGCGAAGGGUGGAAGCAUCAUUUUGUGGAGCACUGUAGUUAGUAUGGAAGAUCUCUUGGAGAAUAUUGGGCAUUCAGGAGAAUCAGAAGAGUCCGGAGAGAGCCUAGUCGAGAAGAUUGCUGAUGGUACCAACAUGUCUAAGGAGGCAAAAGAUGAACAGGUGGAAACUGAUGACCAAGUUUUCGAUUAUUUGUCUUCGGAAGCUAACGAUCAUGAAGGAAAUCUUGAAAUCCCAGAGAAGCUCCAAGCAAAAGAUGAUGAGUUUGAUGGCGGGAGCAUCGUUGAGAAAGUGGAAACUGGAAAUGAAGAGAAAGAGGAAACUGUCAAAAGUUCUGCUGAAGACGUUGCACCAAUCUCGGAACUAUUAUCUCCAGUUGCCCAUGAAAAUGUCAAACAAGACAGUCCGCAAUCCGAGGAGAGAUCUGAAUCUCCACGUUCGUCAGGUAAAUCUUCACGUUCGCCAGAUGCUCAAGUGGAGGAGGAUGCGGAUAGGAAUUCUUCAGUUGGAAGUCAUGGUUCGGAGAUACAGAAACAUACUGUCCCGAUUUUGGAACAAGGUGACGACGCACCCGCGGAAGGAUCCAAAGAACAGAGCAAUGAAGGAACCGUGGAACCAAACGAGAAAGUUUACGAGCUCAUGGAACCAAGCUCAGAUCACGAAGCGCAAAUACAAAAAAAGGUCCAGGAAAUUGGAACAUUGUUGAUUCCAGCAGAAAAUGAUGAUUCUGAGCCAUCUUCGACAUCACCUGACUCGAAAUCUCCGGUCUACAACGAACCAAUCCAAAUCCUAGACCAAAUUCCCACAGCCAACAUGAUGGAAGAUAUUGGAACGAAGAAGUCUGUUAGCGAGGACCAAGAGCUCAAAGAUCCAGUCAGUAUGGAGGACCUCUUGGAGGAUAUUGGGAAGUCAGGAGAAUCGGUGGAGCCUGAGAAGAAACUUGCCGAAAAGAUUGCUGAUGGUACAAACAUGUCGGAGAAGGCAAAAGAUAAACAGAUGGAAGUUGAUAACCAAGUUUUGGAUCAUUUGGCUUUGGAAGCUAACGAUCAUACUGUCACCCGUACUGGCUUUACUAAAGAAAUUGGAGCAAUCUCGGAACUGCCACCUCAAGUCAACGACGAAUCGAUCCGGAUCCCUGCAAUGGACAUCGUCGACGCAAUCAAUGAACAUCCCCAACAAAACAGUCCGCCGGCCAGAGAGAGAUCUGAAUCCACAACUUCGGCAGAUGAAUCUUCAAGUUCGCCAGAUGAUCAAUUGGAAGAGGAUGCGGACAGGAAUUCUUCAGUUGGAAACCAUGGUUCGGAGAUACAGAAAGAUCAUAUUCAAGUCAUGGAAGAAUGUGACGACGCACACGCGGGAGGAUUCAAAGAACAGAGCGAAAAGGGAACCGAGGAACCGAACGAUGACGAUUCUGAGAAUGUGGAGAUGGACGAGAAGUCAGUGAAGGAAGGAAUCGAAGGACAAUCAAGGAAGUUGGUAGAUCCCGAGGAGCGCGUUGUCGAGACGAUUGCUGAUGGUGUCAAUGUGCCAGUUGAGAAAACAGGUGAACAGAUGGAAACUGAUGACCAAGUUUUGGAUCAGCUGGCUUCAGAAGCUAACGAUAAUGAAGCAAAGCUUGAAAAAGAAGACGUCGGUGUGGACGACAAGAUUGUGGAAUCCACUGCCUCGGAAGAUAAUAAGAAAACAGUUUCGCAGCCAGUGAUUGCCAUCUCAUCUAGCGCUCUAGAUCCGCACAUGGAGAAUGGAGGAGACUUCACGGAGAAAAUGGAUGCUAGUCAUGAAGAGAAAGAAGAUACUGUUAGCCGUACAGGCCCUCCUGAAAAUGUUGGUCCAAUCUCAGAACUCUCAUCUACCGACAACAAACCGAUCCAGAUGGACACAGUCGACGGGAUUAAUGAAGAUAUCAAAAUAGGCAGUCCGCCGGCCAAUGAGAGAUCUGAAUCUUCAAUUUCGUCAGAUCAAUCUCCAUGCUCGUCAGAUGGUCAAUUGAAGGAGGAUGCGGAUAAGAAUUCUCCAGUUGUGAGCCAUGAUUCGGAGAAACAGAAAGAUUGUAUUCUAAUCAUGGAGCAAUGUGACGACGCAACUGUUGAAAAAUCCGAAGAAGCAAAUGAUAAAAUUCACAAGCUCAUGGAACCAAGUUCAGAUCACCAAGUGCAAGCACAAAAAGAGGAGAAGGUAGUCGGAACAUCGUCGAUUCCAUCAGCAAAUGUUACGGAGCCAUCUCCAACAUCAUCCGAAUCGAAUUAUCCGGUCUACAACGAGUCUUUCCAAAUCUUUGGACGAAUGGACGAAGCCGACGGAAUCAAUGAAGAUGUCAAACGGGACAGUCCAGCGGCAAAAAAUCUCAACGACGCUGUGAAAGUCCCCAUCCUGUCAGAAACCUCGUCUCCGGUCAGUGACCGAUCUGAUUCUGAUGCGACGAUAAGUCUUGAAGAUAUUGAUAUUUCCGUUGAAGGAGAGAAGCUAGAAUCUCCCAGUUCGUCGGAUCCAAUACUCCUACCAAAUGCUGACUCGAAGGAGGAUGCUGAUGUGAACUUGCCAGCCAAUUCGGGGGAUACACAGGAACCCGAAGAACAUCCAAUCGUGGAACAAUGUGACGACGCACUUGAAUCCGGAAUGUCAUCGAUUCCACCAGCCAAGAAUGCUGAGCCCUCUCCAACAUUAUCCGAAUCGAAAUUGCCACUCGACAACGACUCUUUCGAAAUCUUUGGACAUAUGAACACAGCCGACGGAAUCAAUGAAGAUGUCAAACGGGACUAUCCACAGGCAAAGAAUCUCGAAGACGUUGGGAAGAUUCCCACUCUGUCAGAAACCUCGUCUCCGGUGAAUGACGCAUCUAAAGAUUCUGAUACGACUAGAAGUCCUGAAGAUAUGGAUAAGUCCGUUGAAGGAGAGAGGCUCUACUCUCCAUGCCCGUUAGAUCCAGCACCACCAAAAAUGACUGGUUUGAAAACUGAUGCGGACUUGGAUGCUCAAGCUGGGAAUUUGCAUUCGGAGAUACAGAAAGAAACCCGAGAACAAUGCACCGACGCAGUCGAGGAAGAAGCCAAAGAACCGAACAAUGAAGAAACUGAGGAACCGAGCUCUGAUGUUUGCCAAGAUGCGGAGAUCCCAGAACAAAUUGUAGAUGUCGAUGACCGAGUUGUGAAAGAGAGAGAACCUCCAGCCAAGAAGGCAAAGAUUGUGAUUCCAGAUCCAACACCAGAAACAAUGAGGGCUAUGAUGGAGGAGGAAGGUUCCAAAGAACCGAGAAGUAAAGAUUCACAACAUGUUGAGACAGAAGAGAAACCAGAUCACAAAGCAGAAAAACAAAAAGAGAGUGGAGGCACCGACACACUCUCAACUUCAACAGAGAAUGAUGUUGAGAAAGCCCAGAAAGUUCUGAUCCCUCAUCACUCAUCCAAAACUUCACCUUCAGUCGGUGAAGAACAAGCCCCUGAUUGCCAAUUAGCGGUGGUCCCGGAACAGGUUGCUCCGCAAUUGGAAACGCAAGAAAAACGUGGCAACGAAGUCCCUGCACCUCUUCUUCAGGAUGAAUCGAUGGACACUACGAAGCCAUCGUCUUCCGCGGCCGCUAACCGAAAAACUGCUCGUCAAGAAGAAUCUGCCGAUGAAAGGGAGCCGCCAGCUAAAAAGACCAAAAUUGAGAUUCAAAAGCCGAGAGCAGAGACAAUGGCUGUCAUGAAGAAAGCUAUCGAAAUGUCUCUCCUAUACGAUCAUCCAGAAGAAGCUUUGUUGAAGGCUCUCGGAAAGUUUGGAGGAGAUACAACAUUCAUGGCUAAGGAGAUCAAGAAGGUUGUUGUUAUCGGAUUCGAUCCAGUCAGUUUGCGAAUGCUGAACGGAGUCGAGAAUUUCUUGAAUCUCAAAGCUCUACCUCACGCUUCAAUCUCCUUCGAGGCUAUUGCGGAGGCAACUUGCCAUCCGCCAGUGAUCGAAGGAGAGGUCCUGACAGAACAGCCCAUCAAACUGUCACCAAUCGAGUAUAGCGGCUUUGUGCUGGGGAAAAAGGGAAAAGAAAUUUCUAAACUCGAUUCUGCGACGACUCAGUUCCUCUUCGUCCUAUCUUCUGACUCGGAGGGUCUGGUUCUGGGGCCAAUGCCACCGUUGCCCACCAAGAAGGGAAUGCUAUUCUCCAAAGGAAUGGAAACGGACCUCGCUUCAGAGGAACAACGAAGAGUCAUCCGAAGACGUCUCGCUUCAACAGAAACCAGCCAGUUGGCACAGUACGUGAAGAAAGGAAGGUGCCAUAUGAUUGUGGCAUCACACACAGAUGAAAGAAAGGAUCCAACAGUCGGAGAAGUUUUGGAGGCUCUUGAAGCAACUCCCUUCAAUACGGAGGUUCUAGAGAUGCUCCGAAAAAAUCCAACGGUUCUUCCCAAUUGCUCCUUCGUGGACCGAGUGCUCCCAGUCUGUGAGGACUUCUACCAUCGUGUCACCUCCAUGUUAAAGCCAAAAGAUUAUAAGAAGCUCUUCAUAGAGUUGGACGGAUUCGAUGAGGUCACGGUUGUGGAUAAUCUGGCAGCGAUUAUUCAACGAAAUUUCAAAGCAAACCAACUACUUAAGGGGUAUCGAACCUCGAAACCAUCUCAAGGAGUCGCUUUAUUCUUCUACAAGAAACAAGAAAACGGCGACAUGAUGGAGAGGAUGCACGUUCUCUUCUCAAAGCUUCGGAAAGGAAACGUCGUCGGAGCAUUCGCGAUCCUGACCGUCGGAGCAAACAAAGACUUCAAUAGAUGCGGAAUCUUUCUGACAUCAUCAGAACUGCACAGCCAGAAUACUGCAAACAUCGAUGAGGAUGACGCAGCCAAAUUUUGGGAGGAGUUCAAUGAUGGUAAAAACGUGAUGACUGGAGUGAAAGACGACUGCGACUCACAAAGCUUCAUAUUCCUUGUGUUAGAUCCGGUGAACUAA